AUGUGGAAUUCCCUCAUCGGUUUUAGAGGGACGUGGAAUCCCCUCAUUGGUUUUGGAGGUAUGUGGAAUCCCCUCAAAGGUCUGAGACGAGGCGGGUUGCUCCCGCCAGUUGGCACUACACGGGACCUGGGUGAGUACAGAAGGGAGCACCCUGGCCUCACCCUCCUACAGUACAUAGAUGACCUCCUGAUUGCUGCUGACAUGGCCAAAGACUGUGAGCGAGGGACCCAGGACCUGCUUGCUAUCCUAGGGGCCUUAGGGUACCGGGCAUCCGCGAAGAAGGCUCAGAUAUGCAGGGAGAGGGCACUCCACUACAUGACUGUGCGGGAAUCCUGGAGCAAGUACAUGGAUUCCGGAUGGACCAGACCGACCGGCCCCUCCCCGAUGCCGAGGCUACUUGGUUCACUGAUGACAGCAGCUUUGUGUGGGCUGGACACAGGAGGAGUUACAGCUGACACCUUCUCUGGCUGGGUGGAGGCAUACCAAACCAAGCAUGAAACGGUUCAGAUGGUGGCUAAGAAGCUACUAGAAGACAUCUUACCCAGGCCGGGAGACUGGGUCUACGUCAAGAGGCACCACCGAGAGACCCUCGAGCCGCGCUGGAAGGGACCCUACAUCGUGGUGCUGACAACCCCCACCACUCUCAAAGUAGACGGCAUCGUGACCUGGGUCCAUCACACCCACGUUCGGCCAGCGGACCCCUCCUCAAUCUGGAAGGACUUCGUCACGCGAUGGGCCAUCAAUCGGGACCAACACAACCCGCUCAAACUCAAGCUACAGCACAUUCAACCCACCUAA